AUGGCGGUUCGAGCUACUGUGUCGCGGUUCCCGAUCGACGCUGGGGCCCACGAGAGCUCAGGCAUACCAUGGGGCGUUUCGGUGACGCCAUUCGCGACCAAGGACGAGAACGGCCAUUCCCCGGUGUACGGAUCGGACGGUGAGCUGUUGCCGAGAUGCGAGAACUGCUGGGCCUAUUUCAAUACGUACUGCGAGCUCGACCAGUGGUCAUGGAACUGUGCCUUAUGUGGAAACCCGCAGGGACUUUCUUCUCAGGCCAUAGCUCGAUACUCUCAUCCUCAGUCUUGCCCCGAGAUGAUGUCCUCGUUCGUGGAUCUGGAGCUUCCUGUGGAAGAGUCGGAUGAAGCAAUGCAACCUUGCCCGGUUUAUGUUGCGGCCAUUGAUUUGUCCUCUUCAGAAGAAUUUUUAGAACUUACUAAAAGUGCAUUGCUGGCCUCUUUGGAAGCUCUUGCGCCUGGUUCUCUGUUUGGUCUUGCUACAUUUAGCCACAAACUAGGGUUGUAUGAUGUUCAAGGACCUAUACCAGUUGUGAAGAAUGUUUUCAUUCCCCCAGAUACAGAGGGCACCUUGCCAAUUGAGCUUGAAGAUGUCAUGCCUUUGUCACAGUUCCUGGCGCCAGUGGAAACUUGUAAGGAUCGUAUUGGAUCUGCACUUGAAACACUUAGACCAACAACGUCAUGGGAGAGAACAACGGCAGCUGGUCAAGGACUUGAGGGUGUUUUGAUGGGCGGGCGGGGUUUUGGGGUGGCAAUGGAAGCCAUUUUGAACUACCUUGGAUCAGAAUAUGGAAGCACAUUUGCAUUAGGCAGAGUCUUUGCCUUUUUGUCUGGCCCUCCUGAUUAUGGAGCUGGGCAAUUAGAUACAAGACGUUAUGGAGAACAAUAUGCUAGUAAGAGAGAGGAUGCGGACCGUGCAUUGCUUCCUGAGCAGACGCCGUUCUACAGAGAUCUGGCUGCUGUCGCUGUUCAAGCAGGUGUUUGUGUGGAUAUUUUUGCUGUUACAAAUGAGUAUACAGAUUUGGCAUCUCUGAAGUUCCUUAGUGUAGAAAGUGGAGGCUCAUUGUAUUUUUAUUCAAAUGCUGAUGAUUCAACUCUUCCUCAGGACAUGUACCGAAUGCUAAGUCGACCAUAUGCAUUUGGUUGUGUAUUGCGGUUGAGGACAUCAUCUGAGUUCAAAACUGGCCACUCUUAUGGUCAUUUCUUCCCAGAUCCACAGUAUGAGAAUGUUCAACAUAUUAUCUGUUGUGAUUCUUAUGCCACAUAUGCUUAUGACUUUGAGUUUGAAGAUACCAAGGGAUUUGCAAGACAUGGAUCAGAGCCUCCUAUUAUACAGAUUGCAUUCCAAUACACAGUUGUUCUGCCCCCUGAGGAGCUCUCUGAUUCAGGAUUGGUUUCCUCAAGUAGAGGCAAGCAUUCCCUCAAACGACGAUUACGGAUUCGAACUUUACAAUGUGGAGUUGCCCAAAAUAUAAAUGAACUCUAUGACAGUGUUGAUCCUGAAGUGGUUCUGUCAUUGCUUGUUCACAAGGUUAUAUUAGCCUCUCUGGAGCAAGGGGUUCGGGAAGGCAGAAUGUUGCUUCAUGAUUGGCUUGUGAUCCUAACAGCUCAAUACAAUGAAGCUUAUAAACUUGUUCAACUCAAGAAUGGAAGUUCUGUAAUUGGUCAGGUUGAUGUUGCAUUCUCACAAUGUCCAGAACUGCAGUCUUUACCGCGCUUAGUUUUUGCAUUGCUCAGAAACCCUCUGCUCCGUUUUCAUGAAGAAGGUGUUCAUCCCGACUUCCGAAUCUACCUGCAGUGUCUUUUUAGCGCACUGGAACCAAGUUCACUCCAUCGAGCUGUGUAUCCAGUGCUGACCUCCUAUUCCACUCCAGAUAAACAAGCAUACCCACGACAUUCACUUAGUCGUGCUGCACUGAUUACGAGUGGCAGUCCUAUAUUUUUCCUUGAUGCAUUUACGACUCUAAUUGUGUUUUAUUCUUCAACGGCAGACCCUGCACUUCCUUUUCCUCCACCCCAUGAUUGUUUGUUGCGGACUGUGAUCAACAAAUUAAAGCAAGAGAGAUGUGUCACCCCCAAACUCAUAUUUAUCAGAGGAGGGAAGGACGAUGCCACAGCUUUUGAAAACUAUCUUAUUGAGGAACGGGACGUCGACGGAAGUGGUCUAACGAGCGUUAUGGGUUUUGUUUCCUUUCUUGAAGAUGUUACACAGGGUGUGUUAGAAUACAUGAAAUCUGGUAUCUGA